AUGACCUCUGCCGGCGAGAAACAGCAUUACUCCCUUGCAUUGGUGAAGCAGCUCUUCAACCAUCUACCACCUGAUAUGAUGGUGGGGCUGCUAUAUGACAUAGGAUGUCAGCUUGAACAUAGUUGUCGGAAGUGGAGCCUCCUUGAUGACUCCAUUCUGUCACGUAUCAUCUUUGGAGUCUCCAUGUUUCAUGUGUAUGGUCACCAGUGGCCUUGUCAAAUUCUCUACCACCCUCAAAAGUGCGCUGGGUUUGGGCUAUCUGAUGGAGAGGGUUUAUCACCAGCGGUUGUUUGUACUGGAUGUACAAGUGCGCUACUUGGACCUCAAGUCCCUCAACACAUUGGGGCAAUGGCUGGCUCGGAAGUGGAUGCUCUGCCAGAAGAGGAAAAAGGCGGAUCUAAAUAUAAGGCUGCAGAGGCUAUUGCGGGCGUCCUUGCAUUGGAGAAGACUCUUGAAAGCCACCAGAGCAUUGUUGCUGAGACUCAUGUGAGGAGACGUGCUGGGUUAGGUAUUUCAGAGAAUGCAGAUCUGCAGAAGCUGAAGAAGAAUGUCUAUCUUCAAGUUCGCAUGAAUGCCCACGCUCUCAAAAUACGACUUCAAGAUCGACUUCAACAACGAAAAUUUGAGCUAGAAAAAUUGGAACGGUUGUAUCGAAAUACAGUCAAUGAAUUGAAUCUACACAGUCACACAGAGACCUCCAUCAAAUGGCCCCUACUGGUGCUAUUCUACCCCAACAUAUCUCAUGCAAUAGACUGGAGGAUGAGACUGCAGACCCACCUUGAUGGCUUUCUGAUGAAAAUGUUCGCCAGGGUAUCUGUCUUGUACUUGACCUUGACUGCUGUUUGGAAGAGGAGGGAGUACAUGAUCAUGGAGUGGACAGCACUUCAGAGGGCUCGAGAAGUUGCCAAUGUUGAUGUGGCAUGGCACCUUGAGAGACGUGCUACAGAGCUAUCUCUUAUAUCUGUGGAGUGGCAAUCAAGAGUGCGUCCCAUACCCUGUGCAUGGGGAAUGCCUGAUAGCUGGGGACCAUCUGCUAUGGACAUGGCCCGAGCUGCACACUCACUUUAUCAUGUGAAAACUGUGCAUGCCACGAACAGUGACUUGUUAGAGUUGUCAGAGGAUGAAGGUGAAGAUAGUGACUGA